GUACAACGUUCGACGUAGCAUUCUCGGACAAAUGCGAGGAUAUGAAGACCCGUAGAUCAAACAAUAAGCCGAAAACGUGGUUUUCGAUAUGUCGCGAAAAACCACAAACUAUAGAUUCCGAUUCGAGCGAUCGGGAAGUCGAGGAAAACAAAGUGGAUAACAGAGCAGAGAAUAAAGUGCGGGAUAAAGUGAAGGAUGGUGUAGAGAGUAAUGUGGAAAAUCGACAGAGGAAUAUUAUUCCUACAUUAACGGAUCAGAGUUACAUGUAUGAUCUCUUGGUCAUCGGUGGAGGAUCCGGUGGUCUGGCAGCAGCUAAGGAAGCAGUAGGACUGAAUGCAAAGGUGGCAGUUUUGGAUUAUGUGACUCCGUCUCCUAUUGGAACCACUUGGGGCUUAGGUGGUACCUGUAUCAAUGUAGGAUGUAUACCAAAAAAGUUAAUGCAUCAAGCUGCAUUGCUCGGUGAAGCUGUUCAUGAGGCAACAAAGUUUGGUUGGCAACUACCUGAUCCUAAAACUGUGAAAAUCGAUUGGGAAGCCUUGACAACUGCUGUACAAAAUCAUAUCAAGUCUGUUAAUUGGGUCACUCGUGUGGAACUUAGAACAAAGAAAAUCGAAUAUAUCAAUGCUCUUGGACAUUUCAAGGAUGCGCACACAAUAGUUGGAGUCACAAAGAAAGGGGAAGAGAAGAUUCUUACAGCUAAAAACAUAUUAAUUGCAGUGGGUGGUAGACCUAAAUAUCCCGAUAUUCCAGGUGCUCUAGAGUAUGGCAUAAGUAGUGAUGAUAUCUUCAGUUUAAAUCGUGCUCCAGGCAAGACCCUUCUUAUCGGAGCUGGAUAUAUUGGCUUAGAGUGUGCUGGUUUUCUUAAUGGCUUAGGCUACGAUGCGACAAUAAUGGUUCGAUCAAUCGUGUUGCGUGGAUUUGAUCAACAAAUGGUAAACCUCAUUGUUAAAGAGAUGGAACAUCGUGGCGUGCAUUUCAUCUAUCAAGCAAAACCUAAGAAAAUUGCGAAGCAAGAGGAUGGCCGUCUCCUUGUCGACUGGGUCGACAAGGAUGGUCAAAUUCAUCAAGAUGUGUAUGAUACCGUUUUAUUUGCGAUUGGCCGACGGGCACUUAUAGAAGACUUAAAACCGGAGAAUGCCGGGUUGAAGAUUGUACCAGAAACAAACAAGAUUGACGCAAUUAAUGAACAAACGAAUGUUCCAAAUAUUUACGCUGUUGGCGAUGUACUUCAUAAAAGACCUGAAUUAACACCUGUCGCUAUAAAUGCAGGCAAAUUAUUAGCGAGAAGGCUAUUCGGUAAUUCUACUGAACAAAUGGAUUAUACAAAUGUCGCCACGACAGUGUUCACUCCUUUAGAAUAUGGAUGUGUUGGACUGAGCGAAGAAGAGGCGAUCAUGCUUCACGGAGAGGAAGAGAUAGAAAUUUAUCACGCGUAUUACAAACCGACGGAAUUUUUCAUUCCUCAGAAACAAGUCGAUCAUUGUUAUGUAAAGGUCAUCGCACUCAGAAAUGGUGAUGAAAGGGUGCUUGGUAUGCACUUUGUCGGACCCAACGCGGGCGAAGUGAUUCAAGGAUUUGCUGUUGCUAUUAAAUGUGGCUUAACAAUUCCGAAAUUGAAGAGCACUGUGGGAAUUCAUCCAACAGUAGCGGAGGAGUUUACGCGCAUAUUCAUUACCAAACGUUCAGGACUAGAUCCAUCACCACAAAGCUGCUGCAGUUAGAUUGAUGUACAUAAUACAUAGCGACAUCAUUUAACAUACAGAUUAUCAUUAUCAGAAGAUAACGUUUAAUUUUCUAACAAAUAUCAGGCGACUUUUUCAACUGAAAUAGUGUUUCAAUCUGUCACAUACAAAAUACUGUGAAAUAUCGCGAUAUCGCGUAAAAUAAGCAGCGAAUAGAAUAGAAUUUAGAAAUGAUACAUUGUAAUAUCACAUUAACAGUGAUCUUUUAUAUAUAUUAUUUUUUUUUAAGAAACAAAGCGCCUUUAGAGCAUAUGCAUCAAUGAUAUAAAAAAUAACGAUUAUUUUAAGAGCUAAAAGAAAAUAAAUAUAUUAGCAAAUA